CAAACGCGCCGCGCUCCUGGCGCCCUGUGCGCCGGUGCCGCGGUGGGCCCGCCGGCUCGUGUGUUGCCUGCGCCCCGCCGGCCCGGGCGCGGCCUCCUGCAAGGGGCCAGGUUAUUCGCCCGUGGCGUUGUGUUUGUUGUCUCCGCCCUCCCGCCUCCUUCGUUUACUGACGGCCCCGCGCGCAAAGAAGCGCAGGGGGGGCGUAGACGUGGCGCGGGGGGGGUCCGCGCGUCCCCGGCGCGGCUCUGAGGUGCAACUACACUGCGGAAGCGAAGUCACAAAAGGCUUGUCCUUCGUUUUCCUUUUCACAGUGGGAAGUACUCGCCGACCAGGUAUUUGUCUGUGUUCCAGCUCGCGGUCGCAUCUGCGGUAUGUGCGGUUGUGAAGCACGUGGUUGUCACUGUGUACUUGUGAGACAAAGUUGGCUAGUAGCUUCCACCACCAUCUCUCUCACCAGUUGUGCUUGUGUACGCGUUCUUAGUAGUAAGAAAGCACUCUCCCAAAAUUAACCACUACGUUUUCUGGUGACCAGUGCGUGAACUUGCGAGAGAACGGAGCAUAGACACAACGCCCCACCAGCCGCGUCCCCCUCGGCUUCUUCUUCUUCUUCGGUGCUUCUCGCAUGUAAAAGAGCAUCUCAGCACCGGCUUCUGCGCCACAGAUGACGGGAAGUAGUAGCUCUGACACCCCCGCACGAGGACCACCACCUACGGAUGCCAGUACGGCCGCACCUCCCACUCCCGCCCCACGCCAGCCGUCUCUCGCCCACACGGUCCUCGCCAGCUCUGCGGCCGCGUGCUUGGGCAAGAUGGCGACGCACCCGCUGGACACGCUGAAGGCGCGCAUGCAGGUCGACGUACUACUGCAGCAGAACAACAAGAACCACGACACGGCGAAGCCGAGCUGGCGGGCCCAUUUUUCCAAGGGCAAUCUGUACGAGGGCUUUUUCGUCGCGGUUUUGGGUAGUUUACCCGCGGGCGCUUUGUACAUGACCACGUACGAGAUGCUGAGAACCGAUCCAAGGAGUCCCUUGAACUACGAGAAUGCCUUAUUUUCAUCAACUUCCAGUACAGGAGCCACUUCAACAACUUCAUGCCGGUCCCAGCAAAUCACGCGCGACUUCCUCGCCGGGCUCGGGGCGGAGGCGAUUUCCUGCAUUUUGUGGUGUCUAUGAUGAGGAUGCACAGGAACAACUCCCAUUACCCCCCAACAUUUGAAGCAAGCGAGGCAUGGUCAGAAAUAGUAUAAGUAAGCACCUCCAGCGAACAUUUGGCCUGUGGAUGAGAAGCGUCUUGCCCAACAGUACUGCCGUUCGGACAGCUUCUGAAGUUUGUGUGUGCGAACUGUAUCGCUUUCGUAAGAAUCCAAAAGAGCGGACUGGGCCAUAGUUCACAUUUGGUAUGUUGAGGUGGACGCGGAGCGGUUCUUGUUCCUGUGCACUCUCAUAGCGGCCGGUCGACGUGGUGAAAGAGCGACUGCAGGUCCAGCAGUCACUCCGGGAGGUGGAGAAGUUGCGGCAAAGUACGAUGCUGCCUGCAGAGAGACCACACAAGAAUAAAACCUUCUACUACAACAAUGCCUGCGACGCGGUGCGGAAAAUCCUCCAGACCGAGGGCGUCCGGGGCUUGUACCGGGCGUACGGUGCGACGCUGGCGGCGUUUGGGCCGCAGACGGCCAUCAUAUGACAGUGCACAACUCCCCCUUCUCCUCAUUUGUCAUGCAAAAUACCCAACUCACCCUUUGCCUCUUGGCACUGUUUGCACGACAAGUUCUGGUAGCCCCAUUAGCACUAUAACCCAGUGCAAAUGUAUUAUGCAAAACCGGCAUUCUUGCUGAUGCUUGUAUUGCCGUUCAUGCUAUACAAAUGAGGGGGAGGGGGGGUUGUGUACUGUUAUACAUCAACCUGGCACUGUACGAACAGCUGGAGGAAAAGGCGCUGGAGGUGUACCACAGAAGUAGAUCGACGACUAGUACGCGGAAGACAAAAGAAGAGAAGGCGGCCUCAACGGCGAGGGAAGCUGCAUUAAGUGCAACAGGUGAAGGUGGUCGUGCUACUACAAAUUCUCCGUCUAGAGCAACAGGAACUCCUCCUCCUCCUCCAGUCUCCAAACCAGCGUUCCUGACCUUUGCCUGCGCCUGCGUUUCCGGCAGCAUUGCGUGCUUUGUCACCACGCCCCUGGAUUUGGCGAAACUCAGGAUGCAGGUGGACCGGGCGACGGCAGCGAAUUUGCAAGUUGAGUCUUCGACCUCCACCGUCGAACAAGCAAAAAGAUUUACUUCUGGUGCUCGAGAACAAGCUGGAAAUAAAGCAGGUGCGGCGCGGCGCUCUGCUACGACCGGAACAUAUCAAAUGCAAAAAUGUCUGGGUCUGGAAGAAUGCGCGAUUUGUUAUGCAGCUUUUCCAUGACCCAUGAGGUCUGGAAUGCAGGACCUAGCGUGACAGAUUCUGUGCGAUCCCUCUCAUGCCUAUCCUGCAUGACAAACUUCCUCCCGACUUGGUCAAAACUGGACGACUUUUGGUAAUCAUGCAACACAGAUUUUUGCAUGCUUCAGAUUUAGCAUGACAAGUUGCAUUCUUCCAGACCCAGACACUUUUACAUUUGAUAGAACACCUUCCUCGACCAAACUUUUCAACUACCGACACCUCCCCCACUAUCAAAUGCAAGAAUGUCUGGGUCUGGGAACUUGUGAUGCUGGGUGGCGUCUCAUGAUGACGCACAAAUGCUGACUCAGCAUGACAAGUUUGUUUCUGAGCUCCCAGGUGUUGCCUAUUCUGCAUGACAAACUGCGCUUUUGCAUCACAGAAAAACGGAGUUUUGGGUAACGUGCAUGACAGAUUUAAGCGUCAUGCCAGACAAGCAUGACAAACAUGAAUUUUUCCAGACACAGACAUUUUUACAGCUGAUACCCACGCGCUCUUCACCAUCGCCAAGACCGAAGGCUUCUAUGAGAGUGCACAACUCCCACUCCCCCUCAUUUGUAUUGCAUGAACAGCAAUACAAGAACCAUCAGCACAAAUACAAAGUUGGAUGACAAAUUUGGGCAGGAGUGUAGUCCUAUUUGGGCUGCUAGAACUUGUCAUGCAAACAGGAUCAAGAGGCAGAGGGUGAGUUUGGUAUUUUGCAUGACAAAUGAGGGGGAGGCAGGGUUGUGCACUCUCAUAGCCUCCCGGCGCUGUUCCGGGGCGCGACGCUGCGGUGCGCCUUGUGGGUGCCGCAAACCGCGAUUUUUCUUGCGAGUUUCAAGUGGUUGCUCCAGUUUUUUUCUGGAGGAGGAAUUAUGUUGAACACAGUGAGUGCAGCGGACGAGAAAAGAACUGACGGUAUUCAAAAUCAACCGGAAAAAUCCGCGUCGCGUGCAGCAUUAGGCGCAGCUAGGCUGGUGCCGGUAGAUCAUGACACCCAAAGUUCUCGAUAA